UUAAAGUGAAAUGCGUUUCGGGUUUUUAUUCUACAAAGUACAAACUACACUCCUUGACCCACACCAGUUAGAGAGACGAGAUAGAUGGGGCAUUCCCAUGAUUAUCAUCACCAAGCAGUAGAUGGUUUGGUCGCCCUCUUCUCCAAAGCACAUCACGACCUUAAUCUUGUCUCCUUCAAGCUCGAGAAGGAGUUCCAGCAAGUCUACUCUGACAAAACGAAUCCCAUGAAGCUUGUGUCACGGAUCAACAAAAUACAACUCGAAUUGGGGUCCAUACAAGAGAAGUGUCGCGAGGUUCUCGCUGCCAAGCAGGAUUUAAUUGACAAAGCCAGGGCAACCUUAGUUUGGAAUCGAUCAUUGCUACAGAAACUUCAAGCUCAUGCAGGUUUACCUGUCACUGAUGACAAUAAUGAUCCAGCAUUUGCUAAUUUUAACCAGAUUAUUGAUGAAUGGACGACUCAUGUAAAAGCUGGGGCAGAUAAUGAGAACCUGGAGUCAGUUUCUGAGGAUGUAAAUCACCUUCUGUUUGCAGCAAUUGUUCCUGAGAACUGAGCCCAAGUUUCAUGAGAUUUGAGCUAGCAUGGGUGGAGAGGUGACAUCCCAUUUUCCUGGGGUAUGGAUCUUAAUGAGGAAAAGAUGUCAUUUCAUCCUUAUUAUAUAUAGCCUGGUCAUACCUAUUCUAAUGCGAAACAACAGUUAUGAUGAGAUUGAGGAAGUAGUAGUAAUUAUAGAAGACCCCACUCUCCAUAAAUGAGGAUAGAAUGAGGAUGAUAUGUGAAACGAAAUAGACAGUGACUGACAUGGCGUGGUUGCUUGAGCAUUAAUAUAUCUGGAUAUGUGAUGGCUUCAGCCUUGAGGAUUUUUUUACGCUCUCCAAUGUUUGUCUCAUUUGACCUUUUUUUGUCUUUCUCCCUAAGUUUGCCUCAUAUCAUAUUAGAAAAAUUGAAAAAAAUAAUCUCAAUAAUAUGAUUUUACUUUUAUCGUGAC